GGUGCAUUUUCGUGGAGGCGCGUUGGAGUGUGUUUCCAUUGGUGUUUCGAAUAUUCAUCGUGUGAAUGUGCGGUUGCAACUCGCAUCAGAAAUGAACACGAUAAAGGAAGGCAGCUACGUUGUGGUUAGAGGAUCGAACAACACGCGGUUAGUUCAGGUAGACGGCAAGAAGCCCGUAUUCUUCGGCAAGAGAAAGUUCGGCAUUCAGGCAGCAAUUGGAGAGGCGUUUGGGUCUGUCUUUGAGAUUGACAACCGUGAUCUGCGCAAGAUAUCGGCUGAGGAGUACAGAAAAAUAUGCUCGGAGUGUGAGGUUCCUGGCGACGAUGCGCAAACCAGUGGACAAGACAACAGGAAUCUUCUCGAUGACGGCAAAUCACAGAAACUGACAAGAGAAGACAUAGAAACGUUCAAAGCAGAUGGCACAUCUGCCGAAAGGAUCGUCAAGACACUGGUGGAGAACAGCACGACAUUUAAGGAGAAGACGGAGUAUGCGCAGCGCAAGUACCUCAAGAAGAAGCAAGAUAAAUACCUGCAGCACGUGGUGCUCGAGCGGCCCACGGCACGGCUUCUGGUAGAGAUGUACUACUCGCAGAACCCGCUCAAGAUUGGGAACAUGCGCAUCGACUCCCUGGCUCAAAUGCUGACCUGCUGCAACGUGCGGUCGGGUGGCCGCUACAUAGUGUUUGACUCCUGGGUCGGGCUCCUGACCGCAGCCGUGCUCGAGAGGCUGGGCCAGAAAGGCAGCGUAGUGCAAGUCUAUGCAGGACAAGGACCUGACAGCUCGUACAGACAGGCCGUUUAUGCACUGAACUUGGAAGAGGAGUUUCUUCGAUCCACUGUGCUGGAAUUGCCUUAUGCAAAGGCAUGCUCACUGCUCAGUGACUCGAACAGUGAAACACCGGAAGUGAAGCCAGAGAGCCGGAACCAGAGUGCCGAAAUGGAAGAUGUGUCAGAGAUGAACUCGCUCUCAAACGAUGACAGCGUCGCAACAGCCAACGACUCCCAACCGAGCAAGGAACCAGCCUCAGCAGCAGAUUCCAAGGACUUGGAGCGUGCCGCAAGGAAACAGCGGAGGCUAGUGGAACAGCAGAAGGCAGUAGACCUGCUCAAGACAAAGUCUUUAGAUGGGCUGCUCGUUGCAAGCAAGCACCACCCGACGGCCAUCGUCCUCUCGCUCCUCGAGUUCGUUGCCCCCUCCAGGCCGUUUGCCGUCUUCUGCAGUUUCCAGGAGCCGCUGGUUGACUGCUACACUCAGCUGAAGAAUGCCGGCAGCGCCGUGUUCCUCAAGUUGACCGAGAGCUGGCUCCGAAGUCACCAGGUGUUGCCCAACCGGACGCACCCUUCCAUCAACAUGAGUGGCAGUGGAGGCUAUGUGCUUACAGGCAUCAAAGUCGCAGACGUGGCGUGAAUGUUGCAAACGAUCCUUUCACACCCCGUGGUACAGUCUGGCAGGAAGCAGCUCGCACCUCUGUCGGCUUCCUGGAUAAACCGUUUGGUGCAGCGAAGUUUGUACAGACAUUGAGGACAUUUCAGGUGGCAAGUACCACUUUCUGGAGAAUCAGUUCACCAAGGACAGCGACUUUGGUGCUGUUUGAACUUGGAUCCGUGUGCUCUGCUUCUUGAAGCCCUAAAGGCUUAAGUUUAACGCGGACCUGUCUAAUUAUUAAAACAAACUGCGAAGGCAAACACAUACAUAAAUGAAAUAAGUUCUUCAUAUUGUUACACAUGAAAUCUCAAUUCCCUUAGGGGCACGAAGGAUGGGGUUUUUGUUCAACCCUAAUGAGGACAUAAGACUUGAACACUAAAAAAAAAUGCUUUGUGCUUUAAUUUGGCAAAACCAACUUUUCAGGCAAGUUCUCCCAGCAAGCUUUCAAGAUGUUGCAUCUGAUUGUUGGGAUGUGCUUUUAUACUAUAAAAAAAAUCAUAUAAAAAAAUCAUAUAAAUCUUAUGGACUCUGAAUACUUGUACAAAUGUUAUGGGUAGUUCUAUAAAGGACCUGAAGCAGUUCCCAUACCCUUGUGUAGAACAGACACUGCAAGGGUCAUCAUUUGCUUGCUCACACCAAGACACAAAAUUCUUGGAACACCCAAAGUCUCUCAAACUUUUGCCUUCACAGACUUGACCUUUUGCUAAAGCUACAAAUGCCAUUGCACCUGUGAUGCAU